UCUUUUCUUCACAUCACCUUCCAAGAACCUUCUCUCAAAACACACAUUCGCCAUACCUACCCCAUAUGGCUUCAAGUACUGCAAGCCCCUCCUCCACCUCCUCCUCCUCCUCCCCCUCCUCAGCAAACAACCUCAGAAUCCUGGUCGAAAGAAACCCCCCGGAGUCCAAAUUGUCUGAGCUGAACAUCAAGUGUUGGCCCAAGUGGGGUUGUCCGCCAGGGAAGUAUCAGCUGAAGUUUGAUGCCGAGGAGACGUGUUACUUGGUGAAGGGCAAAGUGAAGGUCUAUCCAAGAGGGUCGUCGUCUUCCUCAUCAUCAUCAUCACCAUCACCAUCAGAAGACCAAUUUGUGGAGUUUGGCGCUGGGGAUCUCGUGAUCAUCCCAAAGGGACUCAGCUGCACUUGGGACGUCUCUGUUGCUGUUGAUAAAUACUACAAAUUCGAGUCCUCCUCCUCUUCCUAGUAUUUCUCCUCACUUCUUCUACUUCUUCUCCAACUUUUGCAGCUUCUGUACUGUCAAUCUUCACAUGCUAGCUAGCUUGCUCUUGUAUUGUACAUCUGAUUACUGCUCCCUCUUCCCUUACCUGUGACCUGAUUUCUUCACAUCAAAUUAUGAUUCUUUCGAU